AUGGCCGCUGCCCUCCCGUCAACUGUCACAAUGAAAGAGAUCGAAGAACAUCUGGAGGAAGUUAACAAUGCGGAUAGUCCGGAAGAAUAUGAAAGUAGACUGGCAAAGAUCGGUAUUACAAUGUCCAACUGGAUGAAACUGCUGUUUAAUACGUACGAAGAGGAGUUUCAUGCUGAAUGGCUCACGAUCGAUGAGUAUAAGAGUCAAGCAGAGGAGAGUAUGAUGAAUGCGUGGCGUAUUGUGAACCUUCCAAACUGGACCCUGGAAAAGAAGGGUUCGCGCAAAGGUGACGUGGUGGAAUCCAAGAAGACUGAACAAUUUGGAAAGGUGUAUAGGUUUACUGGCUCAGUGGAAUGUCCUUCUAAGUUCCUGUACGAGGAGUUCAGAGAUAACCUCACAAAACUGCCGGAAUGGAACCCCACCAUUUUGAAGAGUGAAAUUAUUAAGGAAAUAGGGCCAGGUAUCGACCUCUCUUACCAAGUGACUGCUGGCGGCGGCCGAGGCAUCAUCACGCCAAGAGAUUUCAUCAUCCUCCGACGUGCGGCAGCUCUGUCACAAACUGGUUCCGUAGUAGAUGCGAAUGAGAACCCUCACUGCUACAUCAGCUCGGGUAUUAGCGUCGCUGUGCCAGGAUAUCCUCCCAAUAGGGAUCUUGUGAGAGGUGUAAAUAAAGUAGGUUGCUGGCUACUGACGCCUCGAUCAGUCCAGACCCCUGGUGGCAAGAUAGAGACACACACCAAAUUCCAAUGGCUCAUGUGCUGUGACCUUAAAGGUAAAAUUCCCCAGUUCGUGCUUGACGCUGCCUUCGCAACUUUGAUGCUGGAUUACAUAGUGCAUGUGAGAAAAUACGUGGCAGAUUGUAAAGCUAAGGGACGAUUUUAA